AUGGAUUAUGACGAGCUUAUUUCGAAGAUUUUGGAUACUCACGUUCUUGGAGAAUAUGUUGGAGCCGCAUGGAGUUUAGAAAAAAUAAUGAGAUGGGUACCCUCACAUACAAAUGACCCAUCAAGGACAUUCUGGAGUUCAGGGCUCUAUCGCGUUCGGGGGACAGCCGUGGAAGCAGUAGUGGGCGCGGCUUCAUCACUCCCCAUUUCGGAUAGUAUACGGGAAGCUAUGGCAGAUGCUUCUAAAGCCUAUGGUGGUUCAGAAGCUAAUCUCACUCGCUCUUCGCGAAAGGAGCUCCACCGCACCACUGACAGACCCAUCUCUGUUGAGAAGUCCCUACAAAUGCCGAUUGGAGAAUUUGGCUACACUGGAGCUAAGAAGCCCUUCCCUUCAGGCCCACCUAGAUUGCCACCUCCAAAAAAUUCCAUUCGUCGUCUCAAGAGUCGCCAAGAAUUUGCCACUGGGAAUAGUUAG